UCAUCAUCUUCCAUUUCCAUUUUCAAUUUUCCACAGAUUACACGACAUAAAACCCAUAAACCCUAACUCGCUGCCUCGCCGGGUCGCUCAGAAUGACGAUCCACUCGGUCUUGAUCCAGAAGCUACUGAACACGAACGCCCACCUGGGGCGGCGCGUGGCAGCCGACCACUUCAAGGCCUACACGUACGGCAUCCGCAAUGGCAUGGCCAUCAUCGACUCGGACAAAACCCUUAUCGCGCUCCGCAGCGCCUGCGCCUUCAUUGGCGCCAUGGCUCGGCAGAAGGCCCGCUUCUUGUUCGUGAACACCAACCCGCUUUUUGACGAGAUCUUCGAGCAGAUGACCAAGAGGAUCGGCCUCUACAACCCCAACCAAAACUCCCUCUGGCGCACCGGAGGCUUCCUCACCAAUAGUUUCAGCCCCAAGAGGUUCCGUUCUCGCAACAAGAAGCUCUGCUUCGCUCCCCCGCAGCCCCCCGAUUGCGUCGUCAUCUUCGACACCGAGAGAAAGUCUUCCGUCAUCUUCGAGGCCGAGAAGCUUCAGAUUCCCGUCGUGGCCCUCGUCGACUCCUCCAUGCCGCUCGACGUUUACAAGCGAAUCGCCUACCCGGUCCCGGCCAACGAUUCCGUGCAGUUCGUCUAUUUGUUCUGUAAUUUGAUCACCAAGACUUUUCUGUUGGAGCAGAAGAGGUUCGGCGGCACCGCAAGAGAAGAUUCUGCUGCUGCUAUUCCUAGUACAAAUGAUGCUUCCAAGAUCGAAAACCACCGUGAGGAAGCGGAACGCAUUGAAGAGAGCAAGAGUGAGAGUUUUGGGUUUGCCAACGAUGAAGUACUGGUUGUUCCUUAUGAGAGCUUGACUCCUGUUUCUGGAGAUAAAGCGGAGAUUAAGGAGCUGUUGGAUAAGCUUGUUGUGUUGAAGUUCAAUGGUACUUUGGGCACGGAGAUGGGUUUCGAUGGCCCUAAGUCAGCAAUUGAAGUUUGUAAUGGGUUGACAUUUCUGGACUUGAUCGUUAAUCAAAUUGAGUCUCUGAACUCCAGCUAUGGAUGCAAUGUUCCUUUGCUUCUUAUGAACACAAUCAAAACAAAUGAUGACACGGUGAAGGUUUUGGAGAAAUAUCCCAAGUCGAACAUUGUGAUGCUGAAAUCAUUUUAUGGACAGACUUCUGAGAAUGAAUCGUAUCCUUCUGACCAUGACGUGGAGUUCCUUUCUCUAAUGAAGAGGGGAACCCUUGAUGCAUUAUUGACACAGGGUAAGGAGUAUAUCCUUGUGGUUGGCUCAGAUAAUGUUGCUGCUGUAAUUGACCCAAAAAUUUUAAAACAUUUGGUCCAAAAUAAGAUUGAAUAUUGUAUGGAGGUUACACCAACAACCUCAUUUGGUAUGGAUAAUGAUAUUCUUAAUGCAAGCCAACAAAAGUUUCAGCUUGACAAAAUUGCAAGGAAUUCUGCUCCACAAUCAAUGGACAAGUUCAAACUUAUUGAUACAAGAAGCCUGUGGGUGAACUUCAGAGCCACUAAAAGGCUUGUGGAUACUGAUGCACUAAAGUUUGAGAAUUAUUCUGUUUCCAAGGGAAGAGAAACAGCAGCUGGUUCCACAAUACGGUUCUUUGAUCGUGCAAUUGGCAUUAAUGUCCCCCAAUCUCGUUUUUGGCCAAUCAAUGCGACAUCAGAUUUACUUAUUUUCCAGUCAGAUCUGUACACCUAUAACAAUGGGAUUUUAGUUCGAAAUGCAGCUAGAUCAAAUCCUGUAAAUCCUUCGAUUGAUUUAGGACCAGAAUUUGGACAGGUAAGCGACUUCCUAAGUCGCUUCAGGUCCAUUCCUAGCAUCAUUGAGCUGGAUAGCUUGAAGGUAACAGGUGAUGUGUGGUUUGGAACUGAUAUAACUCUCAAGGGGAAAGUAAAUAUUGUUGCAAAACCUGGGAUGAGGUUGGAAAUUCCUAAUGGAGUAGUACUCCAGGAUAAGGACAUCAGUGGCCCCAAGGACAUUUGAGGAGUUGAGAGUUUGUUUUGAUAAGCUGCAAGGAAUUUGUUGAUAGAAUAUGCUGCUGAAUAUCUUCAUUUGGAGCGGUAAUAGCUGCCUUCGAUGCAGCUGGGGAUUCAAAUUCCACAAAAACCGAAUAAGAAGCUCCAUUACUUGCGUAAUAAAUCACCAACGAUUCUUAUCUCUAUUUUGACUUACAGUGACAUUUUUGCUGCAAGGUGAGCUCCAUCUCUUUCGAAUCUCAACAGCAUCUGCUCUGAAUGCUUGAUGAUUAACUUCAGUUACUUUUGUUUUUUUGGUCAAACCCUUUUUUUCGGGGUCAGAUCUGAAAUUUAUAUUCUCAGUAGCAGUUUCAUUGUAGAGUAGGAUUAUUGCCUGCAUCUUUCUAUCUUUGUUCUUUCAGGUAUUGGACGCAAAAUUAUGAAUAAGAAACCACACCUUCUUGGAGGCAUAAGUUUCUUCAGGAUAGAACUUGUAACAUAAUUUGUGAAUUUCUUCUCUUUUUGUUUCACGUCUUUCUUACAUGAAGUGCAUUAUUCAAUUAUCAAGAGGCAGAAUCGAGGCUUGCUGUUUCUGUUAUGAGCAUUGUACCCCCACUGCUUUGUUUUGCUCAUCGAGUUUCCGCCCUUACCAAUCGUUUUGGACAAUUACCAGAAACAGAAUUGAAUAUGGGAAAUUUGAAAAAUAGAGCUAGA